CCGAUCCCCCCCCUUCCCCGGCUCCAGGAGGUGGCAGCUGCUGGGAAAGUCUCGCCCCACUUCGCCCCGGCGCCAUGGAGCUGUCCACCCUGCCCGGUGCUGAACCCGACUCCGGAUUCUUCUUCAACAGCAGCCGCCUGCGCGACUCGCCCGGGGCUCCCUUCCCCAACCAGAGCUUCAACCACACGGGGCCGGCCGGGGCCAAGGACCCCACCUCCAUUAUCAUCGCCAUCGCCAUCACCGCCCUCUACUCGGUGGUGUGCGUGGUGGGGCUGCUGGGGAACGUCCUGGUCAUGUACGGCAUUGUCAGAUACACCAAGAUGAAAACGGCCACCAACAUUUACAUCUUCAACCUGGCCCUCGCCGACGCCCUGGCGACGAGCACGCUGCCCUUCCAGAGUGCCAAAUACCUGAUGGAGACCUGGCCCUUCGGGGAGCUGCUCUGCAAGGUGGUCCUCUCCAUCGACUACUACAACAUGUUCACCAGCAUCUUCACGCUGACCAUGAUGAGUGUGGAUCGCUACAUUGCCGUCUGCCACCCGGUCAAGGCCCUGGACUUCCGCACCCCAGCCAAAGCCAAGAUCAUCAACGUCUGCAUCUGGGUCCUCUCCUCGGUGAUUGGCGUGCCCAUCAUGGUCAUGGCUGUGACCAAGUCAAAAGAUGGUAUUGUGCUCUGCAUGCUCCAAUUCCCCGACCCCGCCAUGUACUGGGACACGGUGACCAAGAUCUGCGUGUUCAUCUUCGCCUUCAUGGUGCCCAUCCUGGUCAUCACCAUCUGCUACGGGCUCAUGAUCCUCCGCCUCAAGAGCGUCCGCCUCCUCUCGGGCUCCAAGGAGAAGGACCGCAAUCUGCGCCGCAUCACCCGCAUGGUGCUGGUCGUGGUAGCGGCCUUCAUCAUCUGCUGGACGCCCAUCCACAUCUUCGUCAUCGUCUGGACGCUGGUGGACAUAGACAAGAAGAACCCCUACGUGCUGGCCAGCUUGCACUUCUGCAUCGCCCUGGGUUACACCAACAGCAGCCUCAACCCCGUCCUCUACGCCUUCCUGGACGAGAACUUCAAGAGGUGCUUCCGGGAAUUCUGCCUGCCCUUCCGGUCCCGGAUGGAGCAGAACAGCUUCUCCCGGGCGAGGAACACCACCCGGGAGCGCGUCUCCACCUGCACCCCUUCCGAAGUCCUCAAUAAGCCAGCAUGACUAGACAUGGACA